AAGAGGGAGAUAUUAAGAAGUGUUCACCUCCUAGGAUUGUUUGUGGCAUUCUUCAUUAAUUGGGCUUGUGACUCCGAUAGAAUGAAUAGCUUUGACUUUAGCUUCCUUGAGGAAGGAUUCACUGCCCGGGACAUCCUGGAACAGAAAAUCAAUGAAGUUUCCUUGUCUGAUGACAAGGAGGCUUUUUAUGUAGCUGAUCUUGGUGACAUUGUAAAGAAACAUAUCCGGUGGCUUAAAGCACUUCCACGUGUAACUCCAUUUUAUGCUGUUAAAUGUAACGACGGCAAAGCCAUUGUGAAGACAAUAGCCAAUUUGGGGGCAGGAUUUGAUUGUGCCAGCAAGGCUGAAAUUCAACUUAUCCAGAACAUUGGUGUCCAACCAGAGAGAAUCAUUUAUGCCAACCCAUGUAAACAAAUUUCAGAGAUAAAAUACGCAGCAAGCUGUGGUGUUGAGAAGAUGACAUUUGAUAGCGAAGGGGAACUAAUGAAAGUGGCCAAGAAUCACCCCAAUGCCAAGUAA